GAGAGUUUUGUCCUAUACAGGAGGAUCAAGAAAAGGAAAGAUGGAUAUAGAAAUUGUAAAUCUGCAAUGGUUUAAGAUGCCAAACAUCCGGCAACUUCGUAAGAGGGAGAGGACCACCAGGAAGUGGACCCAGGAGUCCAUGGCGCAGGCCCAAGAAGAGGCGAAAGCAGGCAGGCUCAAUGUACGGCAGGCAGCCCAGGAGUUUGGGGUCCCAAAAACCAGCCUGAGUGACCGAGUCAGUGGAAGGGUGUCCUCUGAUUGUGUCCCGGGUCAGAGGACUCUCCUCACCCCUGCAGAUGAGGAUUCCCUGGUGGAGUACCUCUUGUACUCUGCCAGUCAUGGGUUUCCACUGACGAAGCCUCAGGUCCUGGCCCACGCUCUGGCCAUCUACAACCUCCGCCACCAGGCAGCCCCCAAGACCGGGCUUGGCCAGACGUGGUGGAUCAACUUCAGGGAGCGGCACCACCAUCGCCUGACUGCCCGGACCCCAGACAUAAUUGACCGUGGUAGAGCAUCUUGCGCCAAGAGGGGGCCAAUAGAGGAGUAUUUUAAGCUCCUCACUACCAUCAUGGAGGAGCACGGGUUGAGGGAGAAACCCCGUCAAGUUUACAACUGUGAUGAGACGGGGUUUCAGCUGGAUGCUACCAGAAGGAAGGUCAUUGUGCCCCGGGGGACAAAACACAGGGACCACAUCACCGUCCUGGCCUGCCUUAACGCGGCUGGGGAGGAUAUCCCCCCUUUCAUCAUCUACAAGGGGGAAUAUCCAGGGGGCCCCUACAAUAAAGAGGGGGUUCCCAAUGCCCUCUACGGGAAGUCGCCAGCAGGGUACAUGGACAGUGAGCUGUUCAGGAAGUGGUUUGUCGAGCACUUCCUGAAGUUUGCCAGUCAGGAGCGCCCGCUGCUGCUCAUACUGGAUGGACAUCAGUCCCACCUUGAUCCAGAGCUGGUCCGGAUGGCACAGAGGGAGGGAGAUCUGUCGGCAGUGAGCCACUCCUUCUUGGUUUCUAAGAAGGAGUUUUCAAGGGUCUUAAGAGACUCCUACCAGAGGGUGAAGGAUCGGAGAGUGGUGGUGGCUGGGUUCAGGAGGUGUCUACCCUCUGGACCCACUGGCCAUUGA